GAAGAAGACAAAAGUGGCGAAUCUGGUUUAGGGGAUAUAAAAACAAGAGAUGUGCGGAAGAGGAAGCAGAGUAGAGUAGAGUAGAGUAGAGCAGAGCAGCACAAGAUGACGGUGGGUAUGUCUACCUGGGGGUGGGACUGGGAGUUGGGGUUGAUGGUGCUAGCAUUGGCAUUCACGCUGGCCCUUGCAGCGCUGGCGUGGUGGGCGAUUGGUGGAAACGGAAAUGGAAAUUACAAAGAUUACAACCUUCCUCUGCCGCGGGGGGCCACAGGAUGGCCGCUCAUCGGAGAGACAAUCACCUUCCUUCGAGCCAUCAACAACCCUCACAACCCUCGAAAGUUAGUCGACCACCACGAGCGCAAAUACGGCCCGGUGUUCAGAUCGAAUUUGUUUGGGAGUUCAAAGACGGUGGUGACGGUGGAUCCAGAGUUCAGCAAAUAUGUGCUGCAAAACGAGGGAAGGCUGUUCCAUACCAAAUACCCGCUGUCAAUGAGAACCAUCAUUGGCAAAUUCAGCAUAUUGGCGGUGCGCGGCGAACUUCAGAGGAAGCUCCAUGGAACUGUUAACAAAUUCUUGAGCGCCGAGAUGCUGAGCUCGGAAUCCAUUGGCUAUAUCCAGAACAUCUUUGAUUUGGGAAUGCGCAAGUGGGAGGGCCACAACAGAGAAUUGCAUCUUCAGGAGGAGAUCCAUAAGGUUGUUUUGAAUUUGAUGGCAAAGAAAUUGCUCGACUUAAAUCCAGAGUACGAUAUGAAAGAAAUCGACAAACUUAGGGUUCUUGAUGACCUGGCAGGGGCGAUCGUAACCAUCCCCAUCAACAUUCCGGGCUCGCCUUUCGCAAAGGGAAUCAAGGCCAGGAAAACGCUGCACAAAAAGAUAAACGAGUGCAUAAAGGAGAGGAAGGAGCAUCCAGAAGUGGUCCGCAGUGAUCUGUUGACUCACCUUUUGAAGGAAGCCGCGUUCCCCGAGGAGGUCAUUGCAGAGUUGAUAAUGUCUCUCUUCUUUGCCUCUUACGAGACUUCCUCUAAAGCUCUCACUUUUGCUGUAAAAUUUCUCACUGACAGCCCGCGGGCGUUGAAUGAAAUGAGGGCGGAGCAUGACGCCCUGGUGCGCCUCAGGGGCAAUGGAAAGCUCACCUGGGACGACUACGCCUCCAUGAAUUUCACCCAUUGCGUGAUCAAGGAAACUCUACGACUGGGCAACGUUGCGCCUGCUGUUUUCAGAGAGACGGCACAAGACAUCAAAACCAAAGAUUUUGUGAUUCCCAAGGGAUGGGCAGUGUUGGUGUUGCUGAACAGCACACAUCUGGAUGAGAAAAACUACCCCGAAGCUCUCACAUUCAAUCCAUGGCGCUGGCAACACGAACCUCCUCUGGAGCUUUCCAAGGAUCCAUGGUUCCUGUGUUUUGGGGGAGGUGCCAGGUUUUGCCCUGGAUAUCAGUUUGCCAAACUUGAGAUGGCUCUCUUUCUCCAUUGCUUCAUUACCAAAUUCAGGUGGGAGGCAGUGGAAGAAGAUCAUCUACAUUACUUUCCAUACACAUAUAUGGUGAAGGGUCUUCCCCUCCGUCUCUCCCCUCUACAGUGACCUGCCAGAUCACUUCAAAUUACUUCAAGGACAUAUUAGCAUAGAAGUGAGGUCCAUGUCGGUAAUAAUGAUGUUCUCUUUCAUUAUUAUUAUGAAGUUAAUAAUGAUGAUAUCAUAGUUUUUACAAGGAUUAGUAAUUGAAAUUCAUAUGUACUUUUAUUUGAAGGAAAUAUUAACCUAUAAAUGAGGUUCAUGUAAUAAUGUUCUCUUCUAUUAUAAUUAUGAUGUUAAUAAUAAUGAUAUUAUAAUUUUUAUGAUGA